AUGAUGCAGCUGGCCGCGAUUCUUGACAGGUUACCGCUUCGAAAGCCAGUCGGGGUGCCUGGCUCGGCUAUUCCCGCCAUUCUAGUUGGGCUUUUCGUUUCUUUGGGAGGAGUUCUUUUCGGAUAUGACACCGGCAACAUCAAUGGCAUCGUUGCGAUGCAGCAAUGGAAAAACCAUUACUCGACCGGCUACACCAACGCGACAACUGGAAAACCCGACAUCACCGCCUCACAAAAGGCUUUGGUAGUGUCUAUUCUCUCUGCCGGUACUUUCUUUGGCGCUCUGAUCGCCGCCCCAGCCGCUGAUAAGAUUGGCCGUCGAUGGGGGCUCAUUGCCUCGUGCAACGUCUUUAUUGUAGGUGUUGUACUGCAGGUCGCUUCUGAGUCCAUGGCGUUGUUCGUUGUCGGUCGGGCUGUGGCUGGCUUUGGCGUUGGGAUGCUAUCGACACUGAUUCCACUCUACCAAUCCGAAACAGCUCCGAAAUGGAUUCGUGGUUUCAUCAUAGGCGCAUAUCAACUCUCAAUAACUAUCGGCCUACUUCUUGCCGCGAUUGUGGACAAUGCAACCAAGAACCGGGCCGAUUCAGGCUCAUAUCGCAUUCCCCUUAGUGUCCAAGUGGGUUGGUCCCUGGGCCUCAUUCUCGGGAUGCUGGCUCUUCCAGAAACGCCACGAUAUCUCAUCAAGCGCAACCGACCACAAGCCGCCGCCCGAUCUUUGGCCAAACUUCGGAGACUCCCUUUGAACAGUCCUCAUUUGGCUGAAAUUGCAGAAAUAGCCCAACACCAUGAACGCGAGCUUAACCUAGGCGGCACGUCUUAUCUCGACUGCUUUAAAGGGAAUAUCGGCAAGCGUCUGCUGACCGGCUGUCUUCUCCAAGCACUGCAACAACUGACAGGAGUAAAUUUUAUUUUCUACUACUCAUCGUCUUUCUUUGAAAACAAUGACAUGGGUAACGCAUUCACUGUUACUCUUCUGACAAAUAUUGUGAACGUUGUGUCAACAAUUCCCGGUUUAUGGAUGGUAGAAAAAUGGGGACGCCGACCACUGCUGCUAUUUGGUGCCAUCGGUAUGGCCAUUUCACAAAUCAUCGUCGCUACUAUUGGCACAACCUUGUCUGGUCGCGAUUCCGCCGAUAAAGCAUCACUGGCAUUUGUAUGCAUAUACAUCUUCUUCUUCGCUUGCUCCUGGGGCCCAACGGUUUGGGUAGUUCCUGGAGAAAUUUUCACCUUGAAGAUCCGCGCCAAAGCCAUGUCUAUCUCAACUGCUACCAACUGGCUAGUAAAUUGGGGCCUGGCAUACGCGAUACCGUACAUGAUCGAUUCCGGCAAAGGUAAUCUCAAUCUCCAAUCAAAAAUCUUUUAUAUCUGGGCUGGCUGCUGUGCGGUAGCAUGUGUUGUAGUUUGGUCUCUCGUCUACGAAACGAAGGGUCUGUCUCUUGAGCAAGUUGACGAGCUCUAUGGUUCCAUCAACAAGGCGUGGAAUUCGCAUUAUUUUGUCCCAGAGCCACCAUCACACGCCGUGCGGCCGCGCCCCUGGUCCGGAAGGAGUCGAUAUAGUGAACAAAAGUCUCCCACUCCGACUUAUCAAUGCCAUAUCGAAGCAGUCAACUCACCCCGCGAUAAUGCCGAUGAUGACGAUGAUUUCGAAGGCAAAGUUGAGCGUCAGCCACGAUCUCCGCAAUCGCAUUCAAGCACAGGGACGUUUUACUUUGAUUUUGACCGUCCGGCUCGCACCCAGCCAUUCACCUGA